CCAUUCUGUUGAGGUCAAGUUCCAAUACUCUGACCUCGUAGCUCUGUCGUUGUAAACCUCGCCUGAAAAUGACGACCGUAGCUCGCAUCUCCAGAAGAACUUUAGCAAAUGCACUCUCACAGCACCACCACAACCAUAUUCGCCGUUCUCUCGCGACCGCUGGGACUGCCGUUCAGGCAACGGACGAGCCGCCAAAAAAGGCGAUAACGCCAUCACAGGAUCGCGUGAAGUGGGACUAUAGAGGGCAGAGACAGAUAAUUUCCUUGGGCCAAUGGCUUCCUAAGAUCGCCGUGGACGCUUACGUGGCCCCAAACGUGGUCCUGGCGGGGCAGGUCACGGUGGGGGAUGCAGCCUCUGUCUGGAGCGGCUCGGUCCUCCGUGGCGAUCUCAACAAGAUCUCCGUCGGUUUCUCCUCCAACGUUCAAGAACGCUGCGUGAUUCAUGCUGCCUGGUCAUCACCAACAGGCUUACCGGCGGAGACAUUGAUAGAGCGAUAUGUGACGAUUGGUGCAAACAGUCUCUUGCGUUCCUGCACAAUUGAGCCAGAGUGUAUUAUUGGGCAGCGUUCCAUACUUAUGGAAGGCUCUCUGGUGGAGACACGCUCAAUCCUUGAAGCUGGGUCUGUGGUUCCUCCAGGAAGGAGAAUUCCGACUGGUGAACUUUGGGCGGGAAAUCCAGCAAAAUUUGUGAGGGCUCUGACGAAUGAAGAGAUCUUAGAACUCCCUAAACUUGCUGUUGCUAUAAAUGAUUUGAGCCGAAGCUAUUACUCGGAGUUUCUUCCUUACUCCACAGUAUAUUUAGAAGUCGAAAAGUUCAAGAAAUCAUUGGGGAUUUCUAUUUGAUUAUUUUUGUUGUGAUGUUCAAAUGUAUGAGUUGGUUAGAGUUUUCCUCUCAAGGUAGCAAUGGCUCUCGAACAUGACUAAGCUUGUGUUUCUUAUUCUAUGUUUGAUUUCACUUGUUGCUGAAACAACAUUUUGUUAGUAUAAUCAAAUGAAUUAUAUGGUAGUAAUGCUGCACUCACCA